AUGGCGUCAAGUGUCCCCCGUCCCGGCCCGGCAAAGCUCAGCCCCAAUGCCGGGCUUGAUGAGUGGCUCGAGGAAGCCAAGCAAUGCCAUUAUCUUCCAGAGCGCGCAAUGAAGGAGCUUUGCGAAAAGGUCAAGGAGAUCCUUAUGGAAGAAUCCAACAUCCAACCCGUCUGCACACCCGUCACCGUCUGCGGCGAUAUCCACGGCCAGUUUUACGAUCUUCUCGAGCUAUUCCGCGUCGCAGGCGGCAUGCCUGGUGAGACGGACAUACAGGCCCCCAAGACAUCGACAACAGUUAUCACAUCGGAAGACCUCGAGCCCCCGACCGACAUCACAGACUCCAAGCUCAACAAGCAAAUACGCUCUGGCGGCGGGGACGAUGGCGAAGAUGCUGCUGCCGACGACACCAAGUCCAGCAGUGCCCUGGAGAGCACAGUCACAUCAUCACAGAGUGCGCAAACGCGGUUCAUCUUCUUGGGUGAUUUCGUCGACAGAGGAUACUUUAGCUUGGAGACGUUUACGCUGCUCAUGUGCCUCAAGGCGAAAUACCCAGACCGAAUUAUCCUUGUCCGCGGCAACCACGAAUCAAGACAGAUUACGCAAGUGUACGGUUUCUAUGAAGAGUGUCAGCAAAAAUACGGCAACGCAUCGGUGUGGAAGGCAUGCUGUCACGUUUUCGACUUUUUGGUGCUCGCCGCCAUUGUCGACGGCGAGCUCCUGUGUGUCCACGGUGGCUUGAGUCCCGAAAUCCGAACUAUAGAUCAGAUCCGUGUGGUUGCUAGAGCCCAGGAGAUUCCACACGAGGGCGCCUUUUGCGACUUGGUGUGGUCAGACCCAGAGGAAGUCGAGACGUGGGCGAUUAGUCCGCGUGGUGCAGGAUGGCUGUUUGGUGACAAGGUGGCGACAGAAUUUAACUAUGUCAACGGAUUAAAGCUGAUUGCUAGAGCGCAUCAGCUGGUAAAUGAAGGAUACAAGUAUCAUUUUAACGAGAGCUCGGUGGUGACAGUGUGGUCUGCGCCCAACUACUGCUAUAGAUGCGGCAAUGUAGCAUCCAUUAUGACGGUAGACAAGGACUUGGAUCCCAAAUUCAGCAUCUUCUCAGCGGUCCCAGACGAUCUGAGACAUGUGCCUGCCAACAGACGCGGGCCGAGUGACUAUUUCCUUUAA